UUGAGGAAAAAUCGAAAAACAUUUUUUAAAAGUUUUUUUUGCCGAUUUUUUCCCGCGCCAUUAGGACCAGCAACGCACUGGGAACUAAUGAAGGACUGCGACCCAUGAAUCUAUGCGGGCUUAACUUCAAUAUGGCGUCUCCUGUUGAAUGAAUCGUCGAGAGCUGUUUGUAUCCUUUACUUAGUCAUCUCGUGGUGAUCAGGACGACAACACAGCUCAAGAACGAUGUCAUCUUUACCACCCAAUGCUUUACCAACACCCCCGGUACCCAUCUCCCGGCCAGCAGGACGAGCAGGGCGCAGCACUCCACGGCGUAGUUCUUCACGUUCCAUCAAGAGAAAGAAGUUUGACGAUGAACUUGUUGAGAGCAGUCUUAAAAAAGCAUCAAAACAGAGAGGUGAUGUCCCUGGAUUGGAAAAAGAUAUAAAAAGAACUUUGCCGACAGGUAAAGGUUCUUCAAGAAAACAGCGUAAAAGCAAGAAUCCUCAAGUGAAUAAAGACUUUGGACGAUGGAGACCGUCAGAUGAUUUAGCUCUUAUCACAGCAGUUCAACAGACAAAUGAUCUGACUGCUGUUUACCUUGGAAUAAAGUUUUCUUGUCGAUUCACGCAGAAGGAAAUUCAAGAGCGAUGGUACCAACUUCUCUAUGACCCUGUGGUGUCCAGGCUGGCCACCACUGCUGUCAAACAGCUGCCUCCAGAUGUUAUAGCUGCCGCACAAAACAAUGCACUCUGGAGUAAAGACGAGGAGCACAUUUUAGCAAAUGUUCCUGCGAAUAGCCCAGCUUCUUUGGAAUUAUUCCAAGAUUUGUUGGAUAAAAACCCGUCAGUUUUUCACCAGUGUCGAUCACCUAAGGCCUUAAGGAAUCACUGGCUCCUCAUGCGACAAUACCAGCUUCUCUCUGAUCAGGCAGUUUCCACAGCAGAACAUGCAAUGAGUUUUUCUGAUGCUGAAGAACAAAUUAAUGAUGCCGAGCUUUUAGAAACCAAAGAUGAUAACCUGGAACAAGAGCUCUCUUUAGCUGAUAGACGCAACAAGCGAGAAAUUCGUCUAUUAGAAGGAGAGAUUCCACUCUGGCAAGUUAUCGUGGAGAAACUCAAUGCAGCCACCGGAACUACCACAGUCACCCCAGCCAGUGAAUUUGAUUCACACACACUUGCUGUGUUGAGAGGCCGUUUAGUUAGGUACCUCAUGCGCUCCAGAGAGAUCACUGUUGGAAGAUCAACGGCAGACAAUCAUGUCGAUGUUGAUUUGUCCUUGGAGGGACCGGCGUGGAAAAUCUCCAGACGACAGGCAGUCAUCAAACUUCGUAGCGAUGGUGAAUACUGUGUUAUUAACGAGGGCCGUAGACCGCUGUACAUAGACGGCAAGCCUGUUGUCAUAGGAACCAAAGCGAGGCUCCAUCACAACUCCACUUUCGAGAUUUGUGGUCUUCGCUUCGUUUUCCUAAUAAACCAAGAUAUUCCUGGAGCUGUCAAGGAAGUAAAGCAACCACCGCCGGCACAGCAUGGAAAAGCGGCUUAAACAUGGGAGGAAAGCUGCGAUAAUUUCAACCUUCAUUGCUGAAAGUGGCGUGGAGAAAGCAAAUGAUGCCUGUGGCUCACCGAAGUGGCGUGUUCAUCUUCGUCAAGUUUCCGAUUGUUAUCGACCAAUGAGAAACGUGGGCGACCACUCACGAACUUAGCUAGAGCUGCUGUCGCGAAAAGUUAAACAGAAACACUUUAAUUAUGAACGAGGAGUUGAUUCGGCGGUUUUGUAAAAAGGAUAUAUUCAUCGGUGUUUUAGUUGACCACCGAUGUAUACGACUGAGUUUUCCAUUUCGCUAUAUAGAAUCUGCUUACGCACAUAUUUGUAAACCUUUUGAAAAGAUAAGAUUUUGGCAUUUUGAAGGUCAACAAAAACGUCGCUUUUUCAUUGUUCCCCCACUCUAACGCCUUGUAGCGACUAUUUAAGUGUAAAUAACAGUAUAACAGCUAUAUAUACGAAAUAAAUGUUCAUGUGUCUUAAACCCGUUUCAGAAUUUUUCCAAGAGUUCGGUUUGUUCUACUAGGGAUGGGAUUCACCAACUCCUAACAAUCCUCAACCAUAGCUAAAUAAAUCAAAAUUACGUGAAAAAAAGUUUUCAUCCUACGGGUCAUGCGUUGUUUCGUUCCUGGGCCUGUCUCACCGUCAAUGCCCGCGCGCCCUAUACCUUCGAAAUGCUGUAUUUCUCCUGCCCAAGCCAUACUCGGGUAACUCGCGGGCUGUGUUUUUUUUGAGCAGUAAAUUUCGAGUAGAGGAGGAGUUGCUCGACAGUCGUUACUUUUCUUUCUUCCGGCAAUUGGAGGAGGCCUGGGGAGGAAAGGCGAUUCCCCCCGGAAAAAAAUGGGGGGUUUCUUGCUAACGUCAUUGUUUACAUUUUCGCCCAAUCCCUCUGCUCUACAUGUAAGAUAUGUAUUGACUUCAAGCAGUAUAAGAGCUGAUGAAACUUUGUACAUGGUUAAAUGUUUAGCUA